AUGAAGGGCACCAUGAAUGGAUAUAAUGCUCUGGCAGGUUUCAUUGGGACUUAUCCAUCAUUGGCGGUCUUCAGAAGAUUCUUGAUCUUGAAUGCCAGGAACUUGCUUUGUAUGCAGGGAGAGAUCAUAAAUUUCGAGCAUGGGCUUCGGGUCACGAUCAAGAAAGACCGUGAGUCCGGAGACCCCGUAAGAAGCCUGUUUGAGUACGAUAUUUCGGCCCUCAGCGGACGGCAUGCGACCCCUGGAGAUGGUGUGCAAUGGAGCCGCACCCUUGAACUGCGUCGACUACUCAAGGAUUACAAUGAAGCACUUCUCCAAUUUGCCGCUCUUUGUCGCCUUGCUCCUGCCAACAAGUCUGACUUGGCCACCGUCCGCGAACUGCUCCAGAAGCCUGAUGGCAGCAGGGAGCCUUUCCUCGUUGCCCAUGAGUUUGAGACUUGGGAUGAGGAGUACGAGCAGGACCUGACAUCGCUGGCAGGGCAGCACACAGACAAAGAUGCACUUUCGAAAUUCAUUGACAAGAUGCUCACGUCCGUGUACACCCCACACUUGGGCCGUAAAUACCAUGAUCCUCUUUCAGUCGUGGAAGCAUGGGCUGGCCAUGGGGUGCGUCGACCAUUGAUCCACUAUCCUGACAAAUAUGUCGCGAAUACUAUCGAUACUUUGACUACAAUUUUAUCAUCAGCCUUGCCGACCCUCUCGGCCCUGGCCAUAUUCACGAUUCACGACCCUACUUCGAGAAUGAUUGCCAUUGUGGUUUGCACCCUUCUCUUUUCAACUGUUCUGAGCCUCACCGCAAAGCCAAGAAGGGUAGAGACGUUCUGUGCAUCUGCUGCCUUUGCGGCGGUGCUAGUCGUCUUUGUAAGUGGUUCAAACAGUUCUGUUUGUUGA